AUGGUAAAAUAUUGCUAAAGUUGUAAUGUUUAGAAGGCAUUCAUGGUAAGACCAAAAACUGGAAAUCUGAUUUGCCAAAAUUGCUUUUUUUAAGCAUUUGAGGAUGAAAUUCAUCAUACAAUCAUAUCUAAUUAAAUGUUUAAACCUGGUGAAAAAAUUGCAAUUGCUGCUUCAGGAGGUAAAGAUUCAACAGUCUUAGUUCAUGUUAUUACUUUGUUAAAUAAGAAAUAUAAUUAUGGAUUGAAUUUAUACUUAUUAUCAAUUGAUGAAGGAAUCAAAGGAUAUAGAGAUGAUUCUUUAGAAACAGUUAAAUAGAAUUAAAUUACAUAUCAAUUAGAUUUAAGAAUCUUAUCAUAUAAAGAACUCUUUAAUUGGUCUAUGGAUGAGGUUGUUGCAUAAAUUGGUCUUAAUAAUAAUUGCACAUAUUGUGGAGUAUUUAGAAGACAAGCAUUAGAUAGAGGUGCAAUAUAAUUAGGAGUUGAUAAAAUCAUUACUGGACAUAAUGCAGAUGAUAUGGCAGAAACAUUUUUAAUGAAUCUAUUAAGAGGAGAUAUAUUUAGAUUACCAAAAUCAACUGCAAUUAUUACAGGAGAUGAUGGAGAUAAUGGAAUUGCUACAUUACCUAGAUGUAAACCAUUUAAAUACACUUAUGAAAAAGAAAUUGUUAUGUAUGCUCAUUAUAAAAAACUCAUUUAUUUCAGUACAGAAUGCACUUAUUCUCCUAAUGCAUUUAGAGGACAUGUUAGAGAAUUAAUUAAGAAUUUAGAAGCUAUAAGGUAUUAUCAUAUAUAAUAUAUUUUAUAGACCUAGUGCAGUAAUUGAUUUAAUUCAUUCUUGUGAAUAAUUAGAUGCUCCUAAUUAAAAUUAAAAAAUGCCAUAAAAGUAAUUAUGCUAAAAAUGCAAUUUAUUAUCAUCAAAUAAAAUUUGUAAGGCAUGUACAUUACUUGAAUCAUUAAAUUAAGGAAGAGCAAAAUAAAUUUUAUAAAUUUAAGAUUGA